GGGAACACGGGCAAAGCGGGGGGAAACACGCCACAAAGCAGGAACAAACCCCCCCGAAGCGGGGGAAGUCACCCCCGAAGCGGGGGCUGGGCACUGGGGGGUCGGAGCGCCGGGGUUUGGGGGGCAGCGGUGCCUUGGGGUCACCCCUUGGGGACACGUGGGCUCGGGGCACCCUCCUCGGCCCUUGUGAGCAUCGGGGUGCCGUGCUGAGCGUGGGGGGAGGAGUGGCUGCCGUUUUGGGAAGGAUCAGCUGGCACUUCAGGGAAGGAUGGUUUCGGCCGUUUUGGGAAGGAGCAGCAGCAGGGAGGGUGCCGGGUGACCCCCACGCCAAACCCGCCGGUGCCCCUCAAGCCGGGUCCCGUGGGUGGCAGCUCAGCAGGAGUGUCACGGAUCACGAGCCCACGGCUCGGGUACGUCCGUCCCCGGGAAGGUGCAGGGGCCGUGUGUGAGCCAGGAAAGCAAACAAAGCCAAGGAGAAGGAGACCUGCGCAGGGCAGGUCGGAGCCGGGCGCCGGUCAGUGGGGGCUCAGCUCUUCCUGUCAUGACAUUCCUGCUGAAGAAAGAGCGGCCUGGAGGCUUUGAGGGUUCAGCAGAGCCACAGGUGUCUCACAAGUGGUUGUAUGCUGACGUUGGUAUUUGAAUUUUGGAGGUGAUGGGGUGGGGGAGAGCAUUGCUGUGUAGCUGGGUUUGUUGGGAAGUGCGAAUAUGUGAGCAGAAACCAGCAGUUCCAGGAGUGUGUCCCAUGGGAGACGGGCUACCCUCGCCUCUGCGUAGCGGAUGAAGCCUGAGAGAGGUGAAGCUGCACCAAGAGGUGUGGUCCUGGCUUUCCAGCUUAAAGCUCUCUGGAGCAGACCUUGGCCACUGCCUGAUGGGAUGUGGCCACAACACAUCCCUUUACAGCAUAUCCAAGCAUCCUGCAGCCGUCCACAGCCCUGGGUAUCUUGGCAUGACAGCCAGAAAGGGAAACCUCCCAGGUGUCAGUGAGGAACAGGGUGUGGGGCUGGUGAACCCAGCCCUGGACUGAGGUGACUCGGAAGUAUGUGACAUGCCUUUGAUUUUAGCUGUGUAAUUACACGGGUGGGAAAACCCUUAGGAAGGCAAGUGCCUGGGGAAGGAGGAAUGUUUGGCCACGGGUGCCCUGAAGAGAGCUGAGUGUUGGUGUUCGGCGCCGUGGCGGUGACACGAGGAGAUGCCAGGGGGCCAGGGCUGGGCAGGGCUGUCUGCCUGCACUCCAGCAGGAGUCUGGGAGGAGGGAUCCCUCCGGCAGCCCGGGUGUGUGUCUGUCUCCCAGUGCUGCUCCACACUUUUCUUGUUCCCUGUGUAUUUAAGAGGCAGAAACUGGUGCCGAGGCUCUGCGGAAGCAACUGAAUAUCCUUGUAUGAGCAGUGCAGGUGGCAUGUAGUGACACAAUUCCCAGAAAACCUCCAUCCCUAUCAAAAUACCUGUGCCCACGCUGCGGAACACUCCUGCUUUGUGCCUGGCUGCUCUGUGUCCCUUGGCUGCCUGGCCAGCUCCGUGUGCCCUGGCAUCACCUCUCGCUCCCUUCCUGCCUUGUGGGCUCCUUAGCCAUCCACAAUAGGUUUUCUUUGUGGGUCACACUUGUUGGAGAACCUUUUGAAAAAGCAUGGGGAGAGGUGAUGCUGCAUUUGGGUAAAAGGUGUUGCUGAAAAUCCAGUAUGAGGAUGAGGAGGGCAGUGCUGGUGAGGCCGAUGGCAGUGUGAUGUGUCAGGUUAGUGGCUUUCAGCAAGGGGAGAUAAGGCUCCAGGGGCUGCUGUGGUGUCACAGGAGCUGCUUAGAGCACUCCAGGAGGGCUGUGAGGAAACAGGAAUGCUGGGUUUGGCUUCGGAGGGCAUCAAAAGGGCAGAUGGAUAAUGUCUCUGAGUGCUGGAAGGCUCUGGAGGAGAGUGUGUUAUCUGGGUGUUCUCUGGCAUGGAGGUGGGGAGAGGUCCUAGAACAAAAACCAGGGGGAGGCUGUGGAGGAGUGGCUUUAUCUCAGAGGAAACAGCAGAUUAGGAGAAUUUAAAAAAGAAAUAAAUCCAAGCUCAGAGGUGCACAGUGGUGCCCAAAGGAAAGCGGGAAGGAGAAAGAGUCCAAGUGCUGAGAUUUUCCCAGGCAGGCGUGCUUUCCCAGGCCUAGGCACACAGGGAAUUCAGCUCCCCGGAGAGAGGUGAGCACCUCAAACCCCCAUCCCUGGUUUAGCAGAGCUGGGCCUGGAAGCCUUAGGCUGGCACUAGGUCCCAGUGUGAGCCUGGCUCAGGAAGAGCCAGGGGACACUGUUCACACGGUGGCUGGGACACAGCGAGGGCUCGCUGACCUGCUGUGGGCCGGUGCCAGCACAGCCUCGGUGCCCACAGCAGCACAUUGUCCCCAGGAAUAAAUGCAAACGUCCUGAAACACAAACGUAAAAGGACUCUCUGUGCCUGUCCAUUACCGCUUUCCAGCAGGCGCCGCUCGGAUGGAUAUAAUGGAAUUAUGGGGAGAAGAGAGUCUGGGAGGCAGUUUCUUAUAUCUCAGUGGCAAAGGUCAAGGCAAUGGCUGCUGCAGAGUCAUGAUUACAGCUCAGGAGUACGGCUACUGUGGCCUGUGUGAGCCCUGCCACUUCAGAAACCCUUGGCAAUCCCCGGAGUUCCGAAGGAUGCAGCACAGGGAGAUGGCUUGGGAACGGUGUCGUGGACAUGGGGUGUUUUGUGUGCCCUGUCACUGCGGCCAGCCGGGUGGAUUGCAGCAUCCUGAGCCCGGGAAUGGGCUGGAUUGCAGCAUCCUGAGCCCGGGAAUGGGCUUUCCCGUGACGCCCUUGUUUUGCAGGAAGUGGCAGAGUCAGGGCCCCCCUCCUGGCUCCCUCUGGGGUGGGAGAGGGGGAGAGCCUUGGGCAGGGUUUGAGGAAAGCACCGCUGCUCUCCCGGCGCUGACUGCGAGGUGCAGCCGAGGAGGGGUUGUUAAAAAUGAAGCGUAAGGGAAAAAGAGGGUUAAAUAGCUCUUAAAUGUCUGCAGGGAAUGUCGGGAGUGAUGGAUGUGGAUGCAUUCUUUUGUGCUCUAGGCAGGAAGUGUAAGCAAAACGUGGAAAAGCCCUGAUGGUCUGCACGGGGCUACCCCUCCAGGUUUCUAUUCCCUGAUGGGAUGCUCUAAAAUGGGUUGGGAUUUGUCCAAAAGAUCAGAAAUUGGCUAAAUCAGCAAUGUGUUCCCCACAUUCCUUGGGCUGCAUCUGGCAAGAAACAUCCCUUUUCCUGGGACAAGUGUAAGGGGGCAGCAAGAAGGGCCAAAAAAACAAAAAGAGAAACGGUGGCAGGGGCUUGGAACAAGAUGCUCUUUAAGGUUCCUUCCAACCCAAACUGUUCUGGGAUCCUGUGAAAAUAUCAUCCAUGUCCUGGCUGUCGUUUUUCCAACCCCACAUGGACUUUUGUGCUCCUGGUGGGUUGGGCCCUUGUGUAAUGAGGGCCACCGCAGGAAAGAGCUCCUGAGGAUGUGUCAAGGUCAGCAAUUAGCAGGGAAGGGGGUUAAUGAGCAGAUUGUCUGGGUGGAAGCAUGAGGAAGAAGGUAGAGCCUUGUAAUCUAACAGAGAGGAGACUCUGGGAUCCUUGGAUAGUUAGAGAAUGGUUUUGUUUGUUUUUUUUUUUAAAUUUCCAAACAGUUAGUUUUGGUUUUUAUGACCAGUGCUGGGGUUGCACCCUGUUUUUGGGAGGCAGCUCCGAGGGGAUGUGUUGCUCCAUGGAGGUGUGUUGGGAGCCAUGCACUGUUCUUCAGUGACUCCUCGGGAGCGAGGAAGCCCUGGAGCUCAUCCCAUGUCACUGUGUCGGGGUUUGACCUGUUCCCUGAACUGCAGACUCAUCUCUUGUGAUCCCGUGACAAAGGUGUUGCUGCUGGAGCGUGAGCAGGAAGGUGAUGUCAUGGGAGGGGAAAAAUCCAAAGGUUGUGGAGGGCAGAGGAGCGUGGGCGCUGCUGUGGGCAGCGGAGGGUGUCGGGCUUCCUUGUCAGUCAGCCAGUGGGGCUGGCAUUUCUCUGGGAGCACCGGGAUAUGGGGCAUGAUCUAGGGCUGACCCCGUUGGGUGGGUCUGUCUCCCAUGGAAGGGAAGGUGCUCCCUGCUGCUGCUCCACCUGGGUGCCUGUGCCAAAGCCUUCCGGGCACAUCCAGGCGUGGUGGCGUGUGGUGCUGAGAACAGGCUUAUCCCGAGCCCUCCCAUGCCCAAUUAACACUUGGAAAUGUGCCAAGAAAAGUCAGGAAGCGUCCCUGGGCUCUGGCAGCCUGCAGGAUUUGGGGAGAGGUGCGGGAAGCCCGGAGGAGCUGUGGAUGCCCCUCUGGCUUUGAAGGUGCGCCGGUGGAGUUUAAUGAUUUGGAAUCCUGGUGUAAAUCAUUGCCAGGGCAGGGCACAGGAGUGUGGGGGACGAGAUGGAGGGGGUCUGGCUGCAGGGAGGAUCCCAUGCUGUGGGCAGAGGGAAAGGGAAUGGGGCUGGAGGGGGCUGGAGCACUCAGGCACUGCUUGCCCACCUGCUGGGGACAAACUUUUCAGCAUGGCCUGUUGUGAAAGGACAAGGGGAGAUGGUUUUAAAGUAAAAGAGGGUUGAUUUAGAUUGGAUAUGAUGAAGAAAUUCUUCCCUGUGAGGGUAGGGAGGCCCUGGCACAGGUUGCCCAGAGAAGCUGUGGCUGCCCCAUCCCUGGAAGUGUCCAAGGCCAGGUUGGAUGGGGCUUGGAGCAACCUGGGAUAGUGGAAGGUGUCCCUGCCCAUGGCAGGGGUUGGAACUGGAUGAGCUUUAAAGUUCUGUCCCACCCAAACCAUUCUGUGACUGAGGGAUGAGCAUCCAGACAGCUCUGGGGAUGCUGGACCCCAGACAGAGGCAGCAGUAGCUCCCUUCUCCAGCUGUGAUGUCAGGGCUCCAGGAUAGCUGUUGGAUCAGAGAUAGAAGCAGCUCUGGAAAGCCAGGAGAGCAGCUAAUUCAAUGGAGAUACAGACUGGAAUAGCAAGUCUUCUGUUUUAAUCUGAUUGCUGGGCUGCAGGGUAGCACUGUGAGGCGUCUGUGGAAAACUUCCAGGCACAGAGGUGAUGUAGGAGCUGAAAUCCUGCCACUUCCAGGACUGAGGUGCCUGAGGGAAGCCGCAGAGAUUGUGAACAGGCACAGAGGUUUAGACACCGUGGGUAAAUGCGAGCAGCCCUGUGUGUGUUCUCUGCCCACCGUGGGUGCAGCAAAAUUUUCCUGCCCCCAGGCCAUCCCAGCAGUUCUCAAGUGAACUCCUGGCUGGCCAAUGUGUUUGUGACGAGGAUGGGAGCCUGUUUGGAUCAACAGAGCUCACAUCCUGCCCGGGGAGGGCAUGUUAGCAGGGCUGCAGCCCCCCUGCCCCGAGCCAUGCUGUGAGGAGGGGACAGCCCGGCCAUCCAGCAGCGGGAGUGAUGGCCCAGUCCCGGGCCAACGGCUCACACUACGCCCUGACAGCCAUCGGGCUGGGGAUGCUCGUCCUCGGCAUCAUCAUGGCCGUCUGGAACCUCGUCCCGGGCUUCGGCCCCCCCGAAAAACCCGCCACCCACGCCGGGAACAGCAGCAAACCCGACCGCGGCUCCGGGGGCAUCUUGAAGAGCAAGACCUUCUCGGUGGCCUACGUGUUGGUGGGAGCAGGGCUGCUCCUGCUCCUGGUCUCCCUCUGCCUCAACGUCCGGGACAAGAAGAGGCAGAGCGAGGAAAUGGCCAUCGCCCACGUGCAGCGCCACGUGUCUGUGGAGCCCUCGCAGCAGGAGGACAGCCUUAACUCUCUCCCCUCCAGUCAAGAAGAGGAUGAAGACGCGUCUUCCCAGUACUACGUCCCCAGCUACGAGGAGGUGAUGAACACGGGCUACUCGGAGCCCAGAGACUCGGACAGGAGCAACAGGCUGAGCGUCUCCCUGCCCUCCUACGAGUCUCUGACGGGGCUGGAUGAGAGCAGCCAGGCUCCAGGAGCUGCAGGCACGGAGCCAGGCACGGAGAGACAGCCCAGCCGGCACAGCUCCCGCCUCAGCAAGCGCCUGAAGCCGCUGAAGGUCCGGAGGAUCAAGUCGGAGAAGCUGCACCUGAAGGACAUCAGGCUAAACCUGGACCAGGGGAACAGCACUGUCCCUGUCACGAUAGAGCCCCUCACCCCUCCGCCCAAGUACGAGGAGAUCCAGGAGAAAGCGCCGGUGAGCCAGCAAAUGCCUUAAAAGAAAAAAAAAAGGAGGGAUCUGUGAUGCUGCUGGGUUGAGGGUUUUUAUAAACCCACCAGGCCAAGAGGGGCUUGGUCUGUGGGUGCAGAAGCAGCCAGGGCUCCCUGGGAGCUGCCACGUGGAGGAUGUGAUGGGUGUGGUAGCACUGCAGCACAAGGAUGGGACACUUUUUCCCUGGGACUGGGUUUUACAAAAGACUGUGGGGAAAGAAGCCUGAAUGCCACAGGUUCUGCUGCUCUGAAGUAAAUGAAGGCUGGAUGUACCAAAAGUGUCACUUAUUGUGUUUGAUAUAAAACCACCCAAUGCAUCCUCUCACCUCCUCUGCCUCUCACCUCCAGCAAGACUUUUCCAAGCCACCAAACUGAUAUUGAAGAAGGAUUUUUCCAAGUGGAAAAGCGAAAUGUUCCUUUUUUUUUGGGGUGUCUUUUCUUUCUGAGGAAGGGAAAGCGCGUUGCCAGAGCAGCACCACGGCUUUCCCCCCCUCCCAGCUGGGUUGGGCUGGUGGCCCAGGGCCAGCCCUGACUCCUGCCAAGGUCUCUGCUGGCUGGUGGGAAGCAGCUGAAAGGGGCCCCGUGCUCCUCGGGUAGGGGAUGGAUUUCCUGCCUCGCUUUCCCUGUUGUGUUUUGUGCUCCGUUCGAGGCGAGUGGGUAACUCGGGGGGGUUUGGGAGCUGCACCAGUGCCAGGGGUGCAGGGUGAAACCACUGCUGAGCAUCCUGUGCGGGCAGACUGGGGCUGAAUAAAUGUUUUGUACGUUG